AUGAGCGGCCAAAACGGUUAUGGUAACGGGUAUGGCUACUCCGGUCCCAACCAGUAUGGCAACGAUGGGGGAUACAGUGGAAACAGCAAUCCUGGGGGAAACGGAUACGGUGGACUAGGUGCCGCACCACCACCAGGUGGUGGACAUUCAGAUCGUCGGCCCGGCGGAUACGGUGGUUUCUACGCUGACACGCCUCAGCCGGCGGAUCUAUCGCCAGGCCAAUCUCCUGCGCUGAGCCAGUCGCCUGAUCGACGGCGCGAUCGAACGAAUCGACAACCCUCUCCGCAACCGUCUUCGAACCCCUCCCCGCGUCCCUCAUCGCAAUCUGCGAAAGCCUCCUCGCGGUCACGCACAAGAAAUCAAGAUCCCGACAGGAAGCACCGGGAAGAGCGGUCUAGAGAUGCAAGUCGGAGAGAUCAGAGAGAUGGAAGGAGUCAAAGGGACCAAAGGGACCCGCGAGGCCAAAUGGAACACAGGAGCCAGAGGAAUGCGUCGCCUGUGGCCAAAGUGAGCAAUGACUCCGGGGAAACCCAGGCCAUUGAAACGAUUCUCCACUCUAUCCAGCGCGACUGGGAUUUCAUGACCGAUGCCGAGUGCGUCCCAGUACACGUCGCUUUGAGUCUGAUGGACACGAGCACGUUGGGCAAAGCAGAUCGUGAACCGGAAUUUUUGCAUAUGUACAAUGACAUCCAGAAGACACUGAAGGCAAUUGUCAAUGAACACCAUCAGGGAUUCAACAGUUCUAUUGGAACAUACCACAAGAUCCAAUCCAAUAUAGCUUCCUCGCAAAAUCGAGUACGCAGCCUGAGAAAUGCCCUAGAUCAGGCUAAAUCCGGUUUAAUAUCGACCAAACCCGAGUUGAAAGGACUGGCAACGUCCUCUCAGAACUACGAUGAUAUCGUACAGCUGUUCACUCAGAUUGAGGAAAUUCAAUCCCUUCCCGAGAAAUUGGAAACUCAGAUUUCAGAUAAGCGAUUCCUUGCAGCUGUGGAUGUGCUUCAUACGGCUCUCCGAGUUCUACGGCGUUCGGAGCUUGAGGAAAUAGGCGCUUUAUCCGAUAUUCGCGCUUAUUUCCUCAACCAGGAAACGUCGCUCACAGACAUUCUGAUCGAGGAGUUGCACGACCAUCUAUACCUUAAAUCACCCUAUUGCUCGGACCGAUGGAAAGCUAACACAACUGAUGGAAAAGAUGUGCAUACGUCUCAUUUGGGUAGUCACUCCUGGGAACGGCCUGUGUAUAGUUUCCUGGCUAAGUUCGAUCCGUUGACGCCUAUGGCCGAAGACGCCUCUCGAAACCCGGAGGCCGACACGUUCUCCUACAUUCAGUUAUUGAUCGAAGCGCUGAACAAAAUGGGACACCUUGACGUCGCGGUUCAUAGAAUUGAGCAGCGUCUUCCGGUCGAACUGUUUGCUGUAGUGGAUAAGACGAACGGAGAGGUUGAUACUCGCUAUCCUGAGCCAACCAAGAGCUUCUCAGCCCAGGACAACUACAAACAGUCCAGCCUCCCCACGGAGAUCAUUGAAAAACGGGGCCACGUGCUUUCUGAGUUUUUGUGGGCAUUAUAUGCCAAGUUUGAGGCAAUUGUGGAAGGCCACCGAAUUGUUCAUGAUGUUGUUGCCGCCAUUGUGGAUCGAGAAGGUCUAAUCAAAAGCGAGGCGCUUUCUGGAGGAUUUAAGGAGUUGUGGAAACUUCUACAAAGCGAGAUACGAUCUCUCAUGCACGACUAUCUCGCAACCGAUGGGGACUCUUCUGUUCGAUCUAGAACAGAGGAAAAUGACUCUCGCCAUCAUCAAUACACAGGCAACCGCGAUAAGAAUAAGAAAAUGUUCAAGUUGUCCGAUAUUGAGCAUAACUCUGAGAUGAAAGCCGAACAAGAUGAAUUGGAUGAAAUUCUCAAGUCCUCGGUCCCUGGACUUGUUUCCAAGUCAAGGCAAAAGGCCGCAACAAGUGAUACUCCGCACCCUACUAAUGGCAACUCAGGGACUGGGCAUAAGAUCUUGCUUGAACCAAGUGUCUUCAAUAUGGGAAUUCUUCUUCCUCCCUCUCUAUCCUUCAUCCAGCGGCUCAAGGAUAUCGUCCCUGUUGAUUCCGAUAUUUCCAUGGGCACUUUGACCUCCUUUCUGGAUGACUUCAUGGUCAAUGUCUUCCUGCCCCAGUUGGAUGAAACUGUGACGGAUCUCUGCACGCUUAGCUUCAUUGGCGCAGAUGCAUUUACAGAAGACCCCCAUUGGGCUAAGGCCUCCCCUCGGCCUAUUUUCAAAGGAACGGUCAAAUUCAUGUCCAUUGUUCGGGAAUUUAGCAAAAUGCUGUCCAGUAUUCCACACGAUCAAGCGUUUACGCAGCUUCUUAUUGACCAGAUCGUGACCUAUUAUGACAAGUGUUGUGGGUGGUACAAAGCAAUGGUCACGAAAAUCUCUGCACGGAACCGUGGAGGCGAAGUCCGACUGAAAGCUGCGGCUGCCUUUGCUGAGACGGGCGACAUUCAUGAUGUCGUCGAUGAACUGUGGAAAGGUGCGGGGGACAAGAAACAGACUCUGAUUGAUACGGAAAUCGACCUUCUCCUCAAGCGAACGACGGAAGUGCCUUUGGAGCCUUACGACAUCAUAUCCGACCCGAAAACCGUCAUUUCCCUUUCGCUCUUGUACAACAGCAUGCAAUGGCUUGCAAGUCACCUCACGAGAAUCCGACUUGUGGUUGAACAUACCGCGGAUUCCGAGUCAUCCAGUUUGACUGCAACGGGCCGGCCGUCUCGCAGAUGGACUCUGUUCGGGUCCAUGAAGCCGAAUCGUGAUAGUAUCAAUAACCCGGUGCAUUUGCCACUCAACCAAGAGACUGCUGUGGCCUUUGACGGGACGAUCCACUCAUUACACCGACUUGCGGAUACUGCACUUCUUACGAUGCAUGUUGACAUCCGCUGUGGCAUCAUUCACAUGUUGACUAAAACAAUGGCUGGGCCUAAUCCUCCUAACCUGCGGAACUCUGAACCCGUCACUCCAUCCCCAAACAUAAUAGACAACUGGUGGCACAUUAUCAUGAAUCAACCAACCGCUGCAUCACCCACGAUUCUCGCACUCAACAAUGAUCUCAUCGCAUUCGACACCAAUAUCUCGACGUAUCUGGGAUCCGUUGAGCGCUGGUUCAUCACAUCCGGCCUGGCACGGUUUAUCGACCGGGUCUUUGUUGCCUGCACCCAGUAUAUCGGCGCCAUGAAUGAGAAUGGAGCGCUGCGACUGCAGCUUGAUGUGCUUGUUCUCCAACAGAACCUGAAGAACAUCAUCAUCGAUCCAGCUGGCGAUUCGCCGGAUUCGGCUACAUAUUUGCACGCGCAAGCUUCUCAAGAAAUCGUCGCCCUACCUCGCAGCGCAAAGUUCCUGGACUGGUUCCUAGAAGGCGCAGAGAAGGCCUUGGACUACGCCAAGGAAGAGAAGGAGGCCUUUGCAUCACAAGGCGCCAAAGCCUUGGCUUCUGGGAACGGCGAGCCAUUUACAUACGAGGAGCUGCGUGUUCUCGUCGACCUGUGCUUCUCUGAAAUCCUCCGUGGUCCACGAGGGGCGGAGAAUCGCGAGGAGUUUAUGUCGGCGAAGAAGGCCAGUGCGGAUGCGUUACUGAGGCUGAACGAGAUUAUGUGGGAUGCUCGGUAG